AUGCCUCAACUGGAUAAAUUUACUUAUUUCACACAAUUCUUCUGGUCAUGCCUUCUCCUCUUUACUUUUUAUAUUGCCAUAUGCAAUGAUGGAGAUGGAGUACUUGGGAUUAGCAGAGUUCUCAAACUACGGAACCAACUGGUUUCACACCGGGGGAACAACAUCCGGAGCAACGACCCUAACAGUUUGGAAGAUAUCCCGAUAAAAGGUUUUAGCACAGGUGUCUCCUAUAUGUACUCAAGUUUAUUCGAAGUAUCCCAAUGGUGUAAGGCCGUCGACUUAUUGGGAAAAAGGAGGAAAAUCACUUUGAUCUCUUGUUUCGGAGAAAUAAGUGGCUCACGAGGAAUGGAAAGAAAAUCACAUUCUCUAUUUGAUCUCGAAGUCCUCAUAUAG